UAAUUUUUUUCUCAACAAGUAGCCAACCUCAAGUACUGCUGCAACGACAAAUACCUCAGCCUUAUCGCGAUCGUCCUUAUUCCUUUAUCUUCUACACUUUACAGCAAAACUAAGAACAUCAGUACUAAAAUGGAGAAAGCCCAGCUUGUUUUCGUCCCCGCCCCUGGUAUUGGCCAUAUUGUAUCGGCGGUGGAAGUAGCAAAGGUUCUUCUUACUCGCUGCCAUCAGCUCUCCAUCACUGUCCUUAUCCUCAAUCAUUCUUCUAUCAACUCCAAAGUUCAUAGCUACAUCGAAUCUCAGCGAGCGUCCUCCUCUAUUGUAUCUACUCGUCUCCGAUUCAUUAAUCUGCCCAAAGAUGAGACUGAAUUAUUUAGUUUCUCUUCUUUCGUUAAGAGUCAGAAAUCCCAUGUCAAAGAAGCUGUGUUGAAGAUCACUCAGUCUGACUUUGUGUCAAGUGUUGACUCGCCUCAGCUGGUAGGUUUUGUCGUUGAUACAUUCUGCUUGUCGAUGAUAGAUGUGGCUAAUGAAUUUGGGGUUCCGUGUUACAUUUUCUUUACAUCGGGCGCAGCUUUUCUUGGCUUCAUGCUUUAUGUGCAAAAGAUUCAUGAUGAAGAGAAAUUUGACCCCACUGAGUUCAAGGACUCAGAUGCUGAGUUGAAAGUGCCAAGUUUGGUAAACCCAUUUCCCGGUAGGGUUAUGCCUUCUGCAAUGUUGAGCAAAGAGUGGUUUCCUUUUAUGCUUGACAACACGAGAAGGUUUAGAGAAGCUAAGGGUAUUAUAGUAAAUACAUUCUUGGAGUUGGAAUCCUAUGCGAUUGAGUCUUUAAAAAUGCCUCCUGUUUACCCUAUGGGACCUAUUUUAGAUUUGGGGUUAGAUGGAAGAAACAGUCACAAGGAAAUCAUGCAAUGGCUUGAUGAUCAGCCUCCAUUGUCAGUAGUAUUCUUGUGCUUUGGUAGCAAGGGGAGCUUUAGUGAGAAUCAAGUGAAAGAGAUUGCUUGUGCACUAGAGCAUAGUGGUCAUCGAUUCUUGUGGUCAAUACGUCGACCGGCACCUCCGAGUUUCCUAGCAUCUUCUAGUGAUUAUGAGGAUCCACAAGAAGCCUUGCCCAAAGGAUUCUUGGAUCGAAUAAUUGGGAUUGGAAAGGUGAUAGGAUGGGCUCCACAAGUGGCUGUCUUGGCUCAUCCAGCCGUCGGAGGAUUUAUUUCACAUUGUGGAUGGAAUUCUAUACUGGAAAGCAUAUGGUUUGGUGUCCCAAUUGCCACAUGGCCAAUGAAUGCAGAACAACAGUUUAAUGCAUUUGAAAUGGUGAUAGAGAUGGAAUUAGCAGUAGAAAUUAAAAUCGAUUAUAGGAAGAACAGUGAAAUAAUUGUGAAUUGUGAUGAGAUAGAGAGAGGAAUAAGGUGUUUGAUGGAGCAUGGUAAUGAGAAAAGAAAGAAGGUGAAAGAGAUGGGUGAGAAGAGUAGAAGGGCCUUAAUGGAAGGUGGAUCUUCUUACUCUUCGUUAGGCACUCUAAUAAAAGAUGUAAUGGAUAAGUUAUCACAAAAUAAUUGUAAUGAAGUUUAAUUUUUAUUUAUAGUUAAAUAUUAUUUCCAUCAACUUAUAAAUUA